ACUGAGCAGGUUUGUUAAAGAGCAGUGUUGUCGCGCUGGCACAUUAGUAGUGAUACUACAGAGGUGAUAGUACAAGGACUUCAUGAGUAUGGGGUUAGAAAAUGGGGAAGUAUUGUUAGCCCAGUGAAUUCAGUUUAUUUCAACUCUCACCAUGUUUCCGCUGUCAUCGCUGGAGCAUGUCAGCAGCUCGGUGCUGUCACAUGUAAACAUUUCAGCUGUGAUAGUAUUCCUGCUGGUGUAUUAUUUAGUUCGUUUUUAUCAGAAACAACGGGACCUCUCAAAUAUCCCUCCAGGUCCGAAACCAUGGCCAGUUGUCGGCAACUUCGGCGGCUUUCUCAUCCCUUCUUUCAUCAAGACGAGCUUUGGGCAGCUCGCCGAAAGCACCGACUCUAUGAAAAGCAUUAUGUUUACUUUAACGGACCAAGCCAACGUUUAUGGUAACGUGUACAGUCUUUUUGUUGGGAGUCAGCUGAUAGUUGUGCUUAAUGGCUACGAAGUGGUCAAGGAUGCUCUCUCGAACCAUCCCGAGGUGUUCUCCGACAGACCGGAUGUCCCUUCUGUCACCAUCUUGACUAAACGCAAAGGAAUAGUCUUUGCACCUUAUGGGCCAAUAUGGAGGAAGCAACGCAAGUUCUGCCACACUAUACUCCGAAACUUUGGCCUGGGGAAGCUGAGCUUUGAGCCGUGUAUCCUGCAAGGCCUGGCUACCGUCAAAACAGAGCUGCUGCGGCUGAAUGAAGAGUGUGGUGGCUCCGGUGUGAACCUGGCCCCGCUGAUCAGAAACACCGUGUCAAACGUCAUCUGCUCAAUGAUCCUGGGUCAGCGCUUCCAUCACACAGACCACGAGUUCCACACCUUGCUGGGCCUGAUGGACCGUGGGCUGGAGAUCUGUGUGAACAGCCCUGCAAUCCUCAUCAACAUGUGUUCACUGCUCUACUAUUUGCCUUUCGGGGUCUUCAAGGAGCUGAGGCGGGUGGAAAGAGACAUCACAGUGUUUCUGAAGAGGAUCAUUGCAAAACACCGGGAAACAUUAGAUCCUGAAAACCCAAGGGAUCUUGUAGACAUGUACUUGAUGGAGAUGUUGGCCCAGCAAGCUGCUGGAGAGGAGGACAGCAGCUUCACAGAGGAUUAUCUCUUUUAUAUAGUAGGAGAUCUCUUCAUUGCUGGCACUGACACUACCACUAAUUCAGUUUUGUGGACUCUGCUCUACAUGGUCUUAUACCCUGAUAUCCAAGACAAGGUCCAGGCAGAGAUUGAUGAAGUGGUGGGCAGACAACGGGUCCCAUCUCUGACGGAUAGGGGAAGUUUGCCAUUUACUGAAGCCACAAUCAUGGAGGUGCAGAGAUUAACAGUAGUGGUUCCUCUGAGUAUUCCACACAUGGCCUCCAAGACAACAGAGUUCAGAGGCUACACUAUUCCCAAAGGAACAGUUAUUUUAGCCAAUCUGUGGUCUGUCCAUAGAGAUCCAACUCUGUGGGAUGACCCAGACAGUUUCAUUCCGUCACGCUUCUUGGAUGAUGAGGGAAACUUGCUCAGGAAAGAGUAUUUCAUACCAUUCGGGAUUGGUCGCAGGGUGUGCAUGGGUGAACAGCUGGCAAAGAUGGAGCUCUUCCUGACAGUCACCAGCUUACUGCAGGCCUUCAAAUUCAGACUCCCAGAGGGAACGCCUCCUCCUACCCUGCACGGACGCUUCGGCCUGACUCUGGCACCCUGCCCGUACAGUGUGUGUGUGAGUCCUCGUAGUUGAAACAGCGGAAGACCUUUGGUUUGGACAGAUUUUCUGUAAACAGGAUGCUCUGAUGCCAAGAACCUUGAAAAAAAAAGGCCAGAGAUGGGGGUAAAGGAGAGACAGUUUAAUGUUUGGAAAGUAUGAAUAUAUAUUUUUUGACCUGAGUGAGGCUGCUCUGUAUAUGUCACUAUCAUUUCAUUUCCUUUUAAUUUAUCAGUUAUUUUCCUGAUUAUUUUUCAAGCAAGAAUGUCAUCCAUAAUAUCUCAAAAGUAAUGGCAUGUAUCCAUCAGAAAAGACCACAGUCUAACAUGAUGUCUUCUACUAAGUAUUGCAAUCACAAUGAUAUAAUCAAGGACAGUCGCAAAUUCUCUCAGUGAAGAAGCUGGAGCUAGCAGAUGUUUUGUGUAUUAAUAAACCUAGAUCUAAUAGAAAGUAAGGUCUAUUAUCAUAAUUCUGAAAUUAAUUAUUUGUUAAUCAGCUAAUUGAUUAAUAAGGUCAGUGUUAUAUGCCAGAUGUCUUUAAUUCUGAAAGAAACCAGCUGAAGAUCUGUAUUGAUAUUGGCUCUCUAACACUGUCCACUUGCAGCCCUGUUUGUAUCAUGUUUUAUAUGCUGCAUGUCCUUCUCCUCCUCUCCUCCAUUCCCAGCUGUCCUGUCUUCCUCCUUUUCCUCCUUUCACCCAGCCUGGCCAUCGGCAGGAGGGUCCCCCA